AAUUGCCGACUUCCCAAAAGCGAGACCGAGAGUUUUGCUCCGCACAGGUGAAAGCAAAGGAAAACCUUCAGCAGAAAGCAGUGAAAGUUGGUGAAGAAUAUAAAUUUCCUGUUACGUUUUUCCUGCAGUCGAAAGAAGUGCAAAUUUUCUCGAUCCUAACCACCAUCGAACAGGCGAAACGGAUUUCCGGCCAUUGUUGCCUGCAGAGGAGCGAACGAACGCAAAAACCCAGCGCUUGUAAGGGUGCCCCGUGUUUGGUGCAACGCACGAAGGCCGCAAAAGGAGCCAGUUUUUCUUUGUAAACAGUUUGGAAGAAAUCCGUCAAAAUUAACUCAGAUUCGAGAGUGCGUAAAAUGUCCCUCAACACGGACUCGCCGGAUGCGAAAAAGCCUUGCAAAGGCAUUUUGAAGUCAUCCAGCAGUUUCGAUAAACACACGACGCAUCAAUCGGGUGCCGCUUCCGUCAGUAGUCAUCGGAAAAGCGCCAAAUUCGAUGAGCUGAAUGUUUUGCAGACGUAUCAUCCCGCGGAUAAGGACUACGGCCACAUGAAGGUGGAUGAACCGAAGACCCCGUACAAUUAUGCCGAACAACAUGAGAUUGAUCAGCUGGAUGCUGAGCUGCUGGCGGAAAAGCUUCGCGUGGCAGCCGACCGCACUGAUGGCGCUUCCGACGAUGACGACGAAUCUUCCGAAGAGGAAGAACAGCUUACCGAGGAGCAGAAAAAGAAAAAAAUUGAAUUUGAACGUCGCCGGAAAGCACACUACAAUGAGUUCGAGGCUAUCAAACUGGCCAGAAAGCUGAUCGAGGAGGAGCACGAAGAUGACGACGAUGACGAUGAUGAUGAUGCGUCACUAUCACAGGCAUCGGCCCUGGGUAGCACUAAAAUCACCGACGGGCAGCAGAUGGAGGUGGAGGACGAAAUCGACCGGAAGAACGGCGUGGGAACAAGCAGACCACAUAUGGCAGGUAUUGACGCAGCCGAUAAGGUUUAGGAGCUAAUCUUCCAUUCUGUGUGGGGGGGAAAAUCGUGGGGAAAAGUUGGUCUCGAUCUAAUACGCUUGUUUUAGGGCUUUGAGCGUACAGACAAAUAAUAUAUUUAUGUAUACAAUUUGGAACAACAUGAAAAAUUGCGAUCAAAUUUUGGGUAAAUUUUCUAUGCACAUUCAAUCAUUUUCAUUUGCAUUUAUUUUAUAGAGACAAAUAGAAAAACUCAACUAACGGAUUUUUUGAUACUAUUUUUCCUUUCUCUUUCUUUUCCUUUGUUUUAUGUUUUGUGCACAAAAAAAUAACCUAACAUUGUAAGUGAUUUGCGUGUUAUCCCCAAAUUGCGAGGCGGAUUGUGAAUCCAGUUUGGGUGAAACACGGCAGGUCACUCGGAAGUCAGUUAUAUCUUCUAUAUUGAUCAUUUCGGUCGUUUUAACUAUGUUUUCCAUGUUUUGUGUAAGAUUUGUGUUUCAUCUGUUCUAAUAUCGAGUUCCGGUUGUGUUGUCCAUCAAUUGUGAGGUGAACUAACAACCGAAAUUGAGCGUAAUUGUUCGAGAUUUUGAUUUGUUCUAGUUUUCAACGACAGCGAACAAAUCUAGGUUGAAAAAAGAAGAUUUCGGGUUGAGGUAGUCUUGAUUCUAUCAGAAACUUAAUUGAAAAUUAAGGCCAACCUGUAGAAACCUCAUUUUAACAAUAAUAAUGAUACGCUUCACGAACAGUUGCUAUAUUUUAUAUUAAAUCUGUUUCUUCCAUCUGAUUUGCUGUCCAGUUGUUUCUCCCCAGUCACGAAUCUUAGUAGGAAGAUUUCAUUAAGCUUUUGGUUUACGAUAGGUUUUAAGCAAAACGAAACUACAGAAUAGUUCCUUCUGAAAUUAUUGUUAUGCUACAUAUAAUUACAGUUGAGUUGUAAGCCCCACUCUAAGAGACCCGGGAUCAUGUAAUCAUUCGGAAUGAUAAAUGCGGAUUCUACACUCCAAAUGUCAACCCACCUUUCCCAUUUUACCAACUUUAUCCGCUUACAAUUGUUGCUUAACUAUGCUGUUGUAGAGCGUGUAGAUUAUACAUUUCUCAGUUGGAACAGAUUUAAGUUGCGAUUCAGCAAACUACGUUCUCGUAUAGUUGAUCUUGCAGGUAGUGCAGACAUUUACCAAAACCGCAGACACACAGUCAGCCAAACAACGUUUAAACAAAUGAUAGUUGAUGCAACUGAAUAACACAACAACAAGAAAGCGAAGCAAUCCAAAAACAAUUUACUAAUGCGCUGUAACGUAAUAUAGAAAGUGUUUAUAUUCAUUAGAAAAUCCAAGCAAGUCGUAUAUUAUUAGCUAUAGAAUAUGAAUGAAGUAAACUAAGUAUAAGCAAACCAGCAUCAAAAUAAAAAUUUUAAAAAAGCAUUUUGAACCUUCAGCGUCUAUUGAUGAACCCGAAAGCAAGUAAUCAAAAUUAGAGAAAAAAUCAUUAGAAGAAUGCCAACCUCUAUUGCAGCAGAAAAAGUUAAAAAAAAUGCUUUUAAUUGUGGAAAAAAAGUCAAGUAAAAAUAAAUCUAUCAAGAACUGCCUAUUCGGAAGUAGAUACAAAUCCGAACUUAUCAGAAAAUAAAAGCAAAUGCAUUAUCGUCGUAGCUGUGCUUUAUAAUGCCAAUAGAAGAACAGAAGGAUUUGUGACAAAACUGACAGUGUGAGAUUUUUUCCCCUAUAAAUAACAAAAAACAAACAAACUUGUGAGUUAGAACAGAGACAAACAGAAUGGAAUAGAAGGUAGAGUUUUAACGUUAACUAAUUUAUUACACUUUUCUAGUUCUAUUUUUGUGUAAUGGUAUAAGCAGAAGUAAAAGGCAUAUAUAUUUUACUUUUUAACGUCUAUUGAAAAACUGGUUAGAUGCCGAGGCGAGCAGUUAUAUGAUAUAGGACUGUAUUUUAGGGCCUUCUAGUUUUCGUCAGUAAGCAGUCUUUUCUCACUGACGGAACCAGUGAGGGAAUGAUACACUGAGUUGAGGGUGAAAAAAUAUAUAUAUUAUAACAGAACCGAUAGUGAAUACUUGCUAACCGAAAAAAAAAAUUGUGAGAUAUUUGAUUAUUACAGAUAACAAAUAAUGGUUAUAAACUAGAGGAAUCCUAACUAUCGAAUAUUGAGGAAUAAACUUUAUGAUGAUGUAAAA